AUGGAGUUGUCGGAUAUCUCUUUCCCCAUCCCCACCGCUGAUGAUUUCUAUGACGACCCCUGCUUUAACACCAGUGACAUGCACUUCUUCGAGGACCUGGACCCGCGGCUGGUCCAUGUGGGGCUGUUGAAGCCUGACGACUCCUCCUCUUCAUCCUCAUCCUCCCCUUCCUCCUCCCCGUCCUCCCUCCUGCACCUCCACCACCAUGCCGAGGUGGAGGACGACGAGCACGUCCGCGCCCCCAGCGGGCACCACCAGGCGGGCCGCUGCCUGCUCUGGGCCUGCAAGGCCUGCAAGAGGAAGACGACCAACGCGGACCGGCGGAAGGCUGCCACGCUGCGGGAGCGCCGGCGGCUCAGCAAGGUCAACGACGCCUUCGAGACCCUAAAGCGCUGCACGACGGCCAACCCCAACCAGAGGCUGCCAAAGGUGGAGAUCCUGCGCAACGCCAUCAGCUACAUCGAGUCCCUGCAGGCGCUGCUGCGCGGUGGCCAGGAAGACGGCUUCUACCCGGUGCUGGAGCACUACAGCGGGGACUCGGACGCAUCCAGCCCCCGCUCCAACUGCUCCGACGGCAUGACGGAUUUUAACGGCCCCACCUGUCAGACAACCAGAAGAGGAAGUUAUGACAGCAGCUCUUAUUUCUGCGAGACCCCAAACGGCGGUCUGAAAAGCGAACGCAGUUCAGUGGUCUCCAGUCUGGACUGCCUGUCCAGCAUUGUGGAGCGGAUCUCCACCGAUAACAGCAGCCUGCUGCCGCCUGCUGACGGCCCAGGAUCCCCACCGACGACAACUGUACCGAUACGGUUUGUUGAUUCUACACGGAGACGCUAA